AUGAACGGGGUGUUCAGCCGACUGCCCAAGAAUGUGCACUGGAAAGCCCCUAAGAAGUCUGGAAAGGCGCAGAAUGUCAUCGUCAAGGGAGAGAAGAAGAAGAAGAGACCGUGUAGGAAGGAAAGCUAUGCCAUCUACAUCUACAAGGUGUUGAAGCAGGUCCACCCGGACACCGGAGUCUCGUCGAAGGCCAUGAGCAUCAUGAGCAGCUUCGUCAAUGACAUGUUCGAACGUAUUGCUGCUGAGUCGUCCCGUCUGGCUCAAUACAACAAACGCUCGACGAUCACGUCCCACGAAAUCCAAACUGCGGUCCGUCUGCUGCUGGUUCCGGAAGCCCUGAAGGAUUUGGCCAACCUAGAUACACACUACCAAAAAGUCAUGUAA